AUGUCUAAAUUAUAAGAUACAAAUAGAAAAUUCAAUAAUUCAAAAUAACGAUGGGAAACAUUAACAGCCAAUAUCAAAAACAAAGAAAACAUUUAAGUUAAUAACAAAAUCACAGUCAAAAAAACCAUCAAAAAGUACUCAACAGCCCUCACCUUUGAAAAAACAAAGCCCUUACCUUAAAGAACAAUAACUAAAUAUUUCAAAUUGACUAACUAUAAAAAAUAUCCUCACUUGCAGUUAUAUGAUUCAAAAGGCUCUGUAAGAGAGUUCUAAUGUUACGAUGACAAAGUACUCAACAUACCACCGGCUUUUAAUUAGAUUAUUUCACAAUCUAUGGAUAAUGAUUGUUAAUCUGAUAAUGAGCAAGUUGAAUCUGCAGUCAGAUAACUAAGCUACUUUCUCGAAUCUACUUUAAAUUAAUACAAAUAAUAACACUCUUAAUGA